AUGAAGGUGUUACGGUUCAACCAGGAUGCAAGUUGUUUUUCUGCUGUGAGUCGACCCCAUUCUAUGACUAUCUACAAUUGCGACCCGUUUGGUAAGUGUUUUGAGCUCGAGAAUAGUGUUGUGACCAGUGAAUCAUGCGAUACUGAAUGUUUGACAAAGGCUCAGGGCGACCAAUGCUCUAAUUUUGUGACGGAGAUGUUGUUUGCGACGAGUCUGAUCGCAGUUGUGAACAGAGACCAAGGCCUGCAGAAGGCGCGUAAGCUACGCAUCGUGAACACCAAGCGCAAGACGACCAUAUGUGAAUUGACAUUCCCGCAUGAGGUUGUGGAUAUUGUGAUGAACCGCAAGAGAAUGUGUGUACUUUUAUCGAGUGAUCAGAUUUUUAUUUAUGAUAUAUCUUGUAUGAAGCUCUUGCAGACCAUCAGUGUGCUUGAAGACAAGCUAAAGAUGGCGGUAAGUGACCAAGGACACGUCUCGACAUCGGUGGUAGGACGGCAGCUGCAAGGCGAGACAAGCAUGGUGAGAAUAGCCCUGUGCAGCGACGACAAGAGCAUUCUGUGCUACACAGCAUACUGCAGGACAAACAAGAACUCAUAUAUAUUAAACGAUCUGGUGGUUUAUGAUGCUUUGAAUAUGACCCCGCUCAACUACCUCAAUACAGUUCACAAGGGGAAUGUUGCCUGCCUUUGUAUUAGCAACGACGGGAAGAUGGUCGCCACAGCGUCCGAUAAGGGUACAAUAGUAAGAAUAUUCAGUACUGGUGACGAGAAUACACUACAAUCCGGAAACACACUACUGCAUGAGUUUAGGCGCGGUACGCGCCCGUGUUCCAUUUACGAAAUGAAGAUAGAUCCAACUAGGCGUUACCUCGCCUGUGUAGGACACACUGAUACUAUUCAUAUUUUCGACCUCGAACGCCAGGGCCAACAGAACAAAUCACUCAGUGAUUCACAAAGUACUGCGUUACUACGUGAGGGUAAGCUCAGCAAGGAGAGCACCUUGCAAUUUGCCAGCUUUCUUUCGAAGAAGGUCAUUUCCAAAAUCCCAAACCAAAAUAUGGAGCGGCAUUUCGCUCACAUAAAGGUCGACGACUCCGUCCGCCAUUGCCUUGGCUUCCCCGAUGAAUUCUCAGACAGGGUAUACGUUGCAAGCAAUAACGGUGAGUUUCAAGUAUGGAAUAUCCCUCAAUCUGGGGGGGAGUGCAUCUUGGUAAAGAAAAGUAAAUUCUAA